UCCAACGUGACUCCUUUUUCUCCUCCUGCUCUCACGGUACAAAAAAGAGAGAAGAGAGAGGGGGGCUGCUCACAUGGGUGAGCCCAUCUAUUGUCCUCCCAAAGUGAUGGCACGCCUGGCCUAACGGUUUUGCCAAGGCAAACGGAGCGAACCCAGCCUUCACCCUCGCCUCCUCCUCGUGCCCACAUGGUGGGUGUUGUCGCUUUACCAAUGGGAAUUUCUUUCUUUUAAGGAAGAGGAUAGGGAACACAACAAAGGAAAGAAGUGGCAAGGAUAUAUUGUUCUCCUCCUGCGCCCGCCUCGGGUCUUGCGGCCUCCCUUCCCCUCGGGAUUCCCUCUCCCUCUCUCUGCUUAUAUCCUACUCUUCUUCUCUCCAUCCAUAUCCACUGCCAUCCUCCUAUUAGUCUACUACCACCAACAUCCGUCGGCCGUAUACUAAAUCACUCUCCUUGUUGCUCAAGUCUGCUAUUUUCAGUGGGACCCAGAGAGCCACACACUCCACCAUCCAUCCAUCCAUCUCUCUAUUAAUUGAUCCUUUUCUCUCUGUCUCGACCCACUUCGUGGUCAGGGAUUCCGUCCGGUAAGAAAUGCUCUGCAAUGGGGAGAGGUUGGGCAACCCCCUAACCCACGAAUGGCCACAGAGCAUGGGCGAGAGCCUUCUAAUCCCCGGAAACAACAACAGCAACAGCAACAGCAACAACAACAACAACAGCAACAAUAACAACAACGCUCCCACCGCCUCCAGCAGCAGCAACUCCACUAGUGCCAGUACCAACAACAACAACAAGAACAACAAGAUGAUCCACGCUGCUGCUCCUCCCCCUGCCACUAGGGUUAUAGAUAGGCCGGCGCAGGAGCAGCAGGCCGCCCUCAAAUGCCCCCGCUGCGACUCCUCCAAUACCAAGUUCUGCUACUACAACAAUUACAGCCUCUCCCAGCCCCGCCAUUUCUGCAAGGCCUGCAAGCGCUACUGGACCCGCGGCGGCACCCUCCGCAACGUCCCCGUCGGCGGUGGCUGCCGGAAGAACAAGCGCGUCAAAAAGCCCGCCUCCGCCGUGGUCUCCGAUCCAAAGCCGCCUCCUCUCAUGCCUCCUACUAACUCAAUUAUUCCUCCCAUCUCAUCCCUUCCUAAACCUACUCCUCACCUUGAUCCCAGCUUGUUCUAUUCUCUCCCUGCUGCACGUUCUAAUCCUCCUCCUCCUUCUUCUUCUGAUGUGGGUCUCGCCUUUCCGGGCCUUCACCCCCGGUUCGAUCCGCCUUCAGUCCCGAAUAGUAUCUCCCUCCCUUGCACCGCCUUCGAUCUUCAGCAUCCGCAACUCAACUCGCUCGGCCUCGGAUUCCCCUCCGGCCAGCGGGACGACGAAUUCAAUCUUGACCAUCUAUCUGUCACGAACGACUACCCGCUGUUCGGAUCCACUGCCGCCUCGCUUCUGGUUUCGAGCCUCAAGGAACCGAAGAAGGUGGAGGACUACCGGGCCCUGAUGCACCGCGAGGACCUGCAGGCCCCCCCCUUGGCGGCGAACGGGAAUUUGGACGCGAUCAAGGAAGUGAAGCUGGAAGGAGAAAGCAAUGCAAUCAAUAGUAACAGGAUAGACUGGCAAAUUCCCUACGAGAAUUCCUUCGAUGCGAUCGGCUCGGCUCCUCUCCCUGGUGAUUCCUCCCUUCUUUAUUGGAAUGCAGCCAUCGGCGCUUGGCCUGAUUCUGCCAACUAUGGAUCCUCGAUCGCCCCUUUGAUCUAGUCCAACCCAUCGGAAUUAGUAUUCAAUUCUUCUCUUUUCUCGUCUUGCUUCUUUUCUUCUUGCCAGCUUACUCUAAUCUUAUUUCACUGCUAUCUUUAGUCAUCUUAGUGGAUUUGUAGUAAAGGUUGUGGGUUGCUUCUUGUCUUCUCGACCCACAUAUAUACUGCGUUCUUUUUAUUGGGGGCGGCGCGGCGGUUACGGUGGCAGGAGUACUGUGGAUCGGAGAGAUCAUGUCGGUUGCAAACGUCUCAAGCCCCGUUUUUUUUGAGUCAUUGUGGCGUCAAGAAGACCGUUUGCUCCGAGAGGAACCUCGGAUCCAUUCGGCUCGGUAUCUUCUCCGGCUCCGACACUUUACAGUGAGAUGAUUUGCUAUUAGAAUUGGAAAGAGAGCGAGAAGAUGAACGGUGGAGCCGGAGCAGUAAGUUGGUUUUCAUGUAUGUAUAUAAGCAUGGCAUACCUUAUCCUUUCUAAUGUAUUGGUUAUGAAGUGGUUGGUUUUUGUUGCAACAUAGAGAUAAGGUCUUCUUCUUCAUCAGAGGCGUGAUAUUACUGAUGUAGAAGAAAGUAGGGAACUAAUAAGCUUUUUAUUUCUUUCUUCCUUUUGGCUUUUGGUUGGUUAGAAGAAGGAUCAACUGGUAUAAUAAUUAUCUAGAAUGGGAUUUCUUUCCAAUAAUGUGGGUGGUUUAGUGUUUGGUGGUGUUCCUCUCAUUGCUUUUUCUUUUUUCAUUGUACUGCUUGUUCGUGGACCGAAAUUAUUGAUUUAUAUUUAAGUAA